AUGGUAGGAAGGAAUUAUAUCAAAAUUCCAAAAUCUCACGUUGGCCUCAGCAUGAUGGAAGGAGAUGUGGACUGCGAGAACUCAACGAGUCGGAAUAAGAAGACAUGUGCAGUUUAUGAGAUGAGAGCAGGCAUUUUCGCCACAACUUCUCUGUGUAAACUGCCUGGCUCUACGGCAGCACAGCUGAUGCUACGAAAACAUCUACGAGACAUUCUCAUCGGAUGGCUAAACUAA